AUGGCCCCCAAGAAGGACUUACCCGUGAAGAAGCCCAUCGGCCCUCCCGCCCCCAAGCCCCCUCCCAAGCCUGCUCCCAAGACGGCCCCCAAGCCCACGGCAGGAACCUUGGCCAAGGUCCGGGAACUGGCCGCCCACCCACCCACCGUCCCCCCUAAGGCCCAGGGGUCUCCUCUCCAGCACUCCCAGAUGGUGGUACAGUUUAACAAGGACCAGCUGGAGGAGUUCAAGGAGGCCUUCCAGCUGUUCGACCGGACCGGGGACGGGAAGAUCCUGUACAGCCAGUGUGGGGACGUGAUGCGGGCCCUGGGCCAGAACCCCACCAACGCGGAGGUGCUGAAGGUCCUGGGUAACCCCAAGAGGAAUGAGAUGAACGUGAAGGUGUUGGACUUCGAGCACUUCCUGCCCAUGCUGCUGACCGUGGCCAGGAACAAAGACCAAGGCACCUACGAGGACUACGUGGAAGGGCUGCGGGUGUUCGACAAGGAGGGCAACGGCACCGUCAUGGGCGCCGAGAUCCGCCAUGUCCUCACCACGUUGGGGGAGAGGAUGACGGAGGAGGAAGUGGAGACCCUCCUGGGAGGCCAUGAAGAUGCUAGCGGCUGUAUCAACUAUGAAGCUUUCGUGAAGCACAUCAUGGCAGCCUGAGUGACUCCGGGUUAGGGGCUGGAGGCUUGAGGUCCCCCAGGCCCUCCGCUUCCCCAAAUGGACCCCCUACCCUCACCCCACAACCCCCUACUGCUGAUUUUCCAAGUCUCCAUGCUGUUUCCCCCUACGCCCACAGCUUCCUGCAUCCUCGCCCCCCACUCCCUCCAUCCCUCACUCCCUGUGGUUCAGCCCUUGCAGCUGUUUGGAGAACAGCCUCCCCCUUUUAGACUGUGAGCCCACUGUUGGGUAGGGACCGUCUCUAUAUGUUACCAACUUGUACUUUCCAA